GUAGGGCGGGGGGAGAUUCUUUACAUUUAUUUUGGCACAUUCGACAUAGCACCUGAAGGUUUCAAAACGCCAUUACUUCCUCAUAGCUCUAUAGAUUGUUUUAAGUUCACAUUCUGUCAUUUGAGAAGAGGAUACUUGUCUCAUGAGAAGAUGGCUUCAUUGUCUGAGUCAAACCCAAUGAGGAUUGUGCUGCUGGGGAAAACAGGAAGUGGCAAAAGCAGUGCAGGAAACACCAUCAUUGGAGGAGGAAAGGAAGAGUUCAAGAUAGGUCGUUCAGCCAACUCCGAAACGCACAUGUGCGAAGCAAAGACCAAGAUCAUCAGUGGAAGAAAGCUCACUGUAGUAGACACACCUGGACUCUUUGACACAAACAUCCCUGAAGAGGAGCUGAAACCUGAACUAGUGAGAUGUAUUGUAGAAUGUUCUCCGGGGCCACAUGCCUUUCUCAUUGUGCUUAGAGUGGACAGGUACACAGUCCACGAGGAACAAGUCAUUACAAAAAUUGAGGAAUGUUUUUCACCAGAGGCCUUCAAUUAUGCCACAGUUCUCUUCACUUACGGUGACCAGCUUCCUGAAGGAAAAACUAUUCAGGAUUUUGUGAAAACAAAUAUGAAACUGAACAAGCUUGUGGAGAAAUGUGGUGGCCGCUGUCACGUCAUCGACAACAAAUACUGGAACAACAGUCAGCAGGAUGAGUACAGGAACAACCAGUACCAAGUAACAGAGUUACUCAACACCAUAGAGAAGAUGGUGAGAGAGAACGGAGGAGGAUGCUACACAAACGAGAUGCUCCAAGAGGCAGAGAGAUUAAUACAAGCAGAGAUAGAGAGUCUUAGAGAGUCAAACAGACAGAUGUCAGAGGAAGAGAUCGAAAAACUAGCCAAGGAAAGCGCGAGAAAGAAACUCCUGAUCAAAUUGUCGGGGGUAGCAACAGGUGUAGUGAUAGGAGCUCUACUUGGGGUUGCAGUGCCAUUAGCAAUAGUACUCUUACUUCUUGCAAAGCAAAUGGGACAAUUAAGUACAAACGUAGCAGCAGCAACAGCAGCAAAAGUAGCAGGUGUAGUAGCAGGAGGAGUAUCAGGAGGAGUAGCAGGAGGAGUAGCGGGAGCAGCAGGAGGAGUAGCAGCAGCAGCAGCAGCAGGAGCAGGAGGAGCAGCAGGAGCAGCAGGAGGAGCAGCAGCAGGAGGAGCUGUAGUUGCGGUGGAGACCGGAGCAAGCAUUGGAGUGGGUGCAGGGUUAGGCAUAGCUGCAGGAGUUGUUGUUGGGACAGCAGCAUUAGUCGGAGGAAUAGGAGGGGGGGUAGUUGGAGCUGCGGCAGCAAAAGAUGCAGAGACACCAGGAGAGGCAGCAGAGAAAGCAGCUGUAGCAGUCCUUAAGAAGGGUAAGGGAAUCUGGGUGGAUUGUAAAGAAGUCUUUGUGGAGAGUAAAGGUAGUGUGGAGAAUGUAAGAUAUAUGUCAAAGGGGUACAGGAAAUUGAACUUAAGUAAUGAAAAUAUGUAGCAGGAGCAAUCUAGGUAUACAAAUAAAUAAUUAAGGGUGAUCACAACCUGUUUCAAUAGUUUUCUCUACACACCAGUCAGUACUGUACCGACUGAAAAAAUAAGAACAAAAACAGUUUUUAUGUCUUGUGAAAGUUAAGUGACCAUUCAAACAAAUACAAAAAAUGUCAGACAACGCAAACAUUAUAACAUGUUAUUGUUUAAAAAGAAUUACAGUAGAAUAUAUUUGAUUUCAAUGUUUUAACAGAAUUACAGGAGCAAAUGUUGGAUUGCUAUUUUCAAACUAUGAAAAUAUUUCCUUUCAAUGUAAAUGAAGUAGUGAAUAAAAUGAAAAAUACCACACAAAAAUACCACAUUUUAUGUAACAUGCAUGAUUACAUCAAUGUGAUUAUAAUGCUGUAUGUUUUGAAAAAAUUGGAGAAACAGAGAAGUGGCUCAUAAAAUCGUAUUUACCACAACGUUGAUUUUAUAUCAGGGUUUCCCUUUUCACAGCUUACUAGCUUUUAGUUUAUGUAAGUGUAGUCAGUGACAUCAGCUAUUACCAGCAUUGUGGAAAUAUUAAGUUUAUUCACUCAAAAAUCUUCCUAUUUUUUUAUGAUCACUAUGGUAUUGUCUGUAUUUACUAUUUGUAAUGAUUAAGACUUUAGGACUGUGGACUGGCAUGUAUUCUACACUCUGUUGAUUGAAUUACUUGCAAAAAAAAUAAAAUGGUUAAUUGUUCACAACCUGUUGGAUAUUCAUGUGU